GAUGCCAGCCACAGCUGCUGGCGAAACGUCAGGAACUACAAUGCCAAGACCACGGCAAGACAGCCCGGAAAACCCCCAGCAACCAUCUCCAUUUUUUAUUGCUAACUUUUGAACCCGCCCCUGUAGCUGCCUCUUCUCUGCAACUAUCAGCUUGUUGUCUUGUUUAGCUUCACCCCCAGGAAAACCUUGACAUCCUGCCUUCUGCAUACCAGAUCUCUGUUAAAGGGACAGGAGAAGCAGGUCAGAGGGAGAAGUGAUUUCUAUCAGGAAAAUGGUGCGAGAAGAGGGUAGCCCGCCCACCUCCCAAAUCUUUUUAAAGGCACAAAGACACACACGCAUCCGAGUUCUGCAGUCUGCCAGAGUAUGUUUCACCUCCUCGCCUACUGCUGGUCUAGGCUGCAGGCGAUUCAAGAACCGCUGAGAAAAGUGACUCUUCUUGUAGUUGGCCUAGACGGAGCAGGAAAAAGUUCCCUAGUCAGAGAAAUCCAGAGAGUGCUGUCCUGUCAGGUUCUCCCCACAACAAAGCCCAACCAGACGGAGCUCAGAGUGGACAGGUUUGAGGUAUCCCUCAUCGACCUUGCUGGGGAGCAGCGAACCUGGAAGAACCACUACAGUGCAGCUCAUGGGAUAAUCUUUGUGCUCGACUCGGGCGACGUGGCACAGAUGGAUGAGGUCAAGAAGAUCCUCGCCCGUGUCCUGGGACACCCCAAGGUUUCGGGAAAGCCUCUGUUAUUGCUGGCGAACAAACAGGACCAGUUGGAUGCGCUCUUGCCCUGCGAGAUCAUCGAGUGCCUGUCUCUGGAGAAGCUUGUGAAUGAAAGCAAGUCACCAUGUCGCAUUGAACCUUGUUCAACCACCAAAAGACUUCCCAAAACCCAGUGCUGGACCAUCGUCCAAGGACUCCACUGGCUGUUGCGCACCAUUGCCCUCAAUUACGGAGUCUUGUGUGACCGCAUCCGGGACGAUGGCCUUGAACCACAAGCCUUACCGGAGUGGGACGUAUCCUGGAAAGCACGGAGACCCCAGAGCAAGACCCGGGAAGACAGGGAGCCACCGACCAAAAGGGAGAACUUCCAAGAAGGAAAUGCCAAGACAGAGGAAAGCAAACCACCGAAGCACUCCGAGAAUAUUCUCUCACGGAAAGAGGAAAAAACGACAGCACCCAAGAAGAGGAAGAGGAAAGUAAAGCUCAAGAUGAAGAAGAAAGGUUUGGUGCAGUCGCAGAGCACUUUGGCCGAAGAUGACAACGGCAAAACGGCAGCGAGCGGGGGCAAAGGUGGAGCCAUUGGGGGCCUCAUCCAGAGCAACAGGGUUGCCCAAGAGAAUCCCAGAGGUCGGAAGACAUCUCCCACCCCAGCAGGACAGAACACAAAAAAGAGAAAGAAAAUGCUGAAAAAUAAAAUAAAAACUAAGGAGCAAACAGAGACGCGACCGAAUGAGAACAUCUCGAGCACUUUUGAUUUGUAUCGGAGAGCCAUGCUGGCUCUGAAAAUGCAGCAAGAGGGGCAGAAGACCCACUCGGCCAGCAUCUCCUGAUCCAUUCUACAACCCAAGGGCAGAAGUUUCAACAUGGUACCAGCAGAGCUGAAGAUACAGCAAAGGAGACCAAGUUCCCGAUCCCGAGAUGUGCCCAAAACAUUGUGUGACAUUCAGAAAGGAGACCCUGGUAUACAGCAGUCAGUUUGGAAUGGAUGUCUCAAGCCAAAUACCUGAAGGAAGAUGACAGGGGUGGAUCUGGAUUCCACUUCCACUCCACUGGAAUCCAGAAAAGUUUUGCAGCCUCAUGGUGGUAGGAGGAGCCUCUUUUGGAUUCAUUUACCCAAAGGGAUGAAGAAAAGACUAAUAGCUUGCAUUCUUAGAAACCGUUUUCUCCUUUGUACCCCAUUGGCACUGACCCAACAGGCUAUUUUCAAGUCAUGCCCAAAUGGGAACGGGGGCUUCUCAGAAGUUGCUCCACUCCUAUGGAAUGUUGUACACCAAGAGAGACACCCACAUUUCAGGGUGUAAAAUUU